AGCUAGCCCACUACUCCCCGGCCACCUUUAUGCCUGUAUAAAUAGGCACCCCGAUACGUGCUUCCAGCGUACAAUUACCAAGCUCAACUCACCAGCUUAAUUACCUUGACAGACAUUGUUAGGUCUUGUGUUAGUGAAGCUAGCUAGGUAAGAAAAACCAUGGCGGCUUCCCGUGCCUUGGCUGCACUGCUUGCUGUGGUGGUACUCAUGGUCUGCUCUCCGGCGCCUCGUGUUCUCGCCACUGACCCCACCCAGCUCCAAGACUUCUGCGUUGCUGAUAUAAUGAACCCUGUGAUUGUGAAUGGGUUCGUGUGCAAGAACAUGAAGAUGGUGACGGCGAACGACUUCUUCUUGCCCGGGCUUAACAAGCCGGGCAUGUUGAACGCUCAGGGCUCGGCGGUGACACCGGUGACGGUGCGGCAGCUGCCGGGGCUGAACACGCUGGGCAUCUCAAUGGCGCGCAUCGACUUCGGGCCCAACGGCGGGCAGAACCCGCCGCACACACACCCCCGUGGCACCGAGAUCCUCACCGUGAUCAUGGGGCAGCUGCUGGUGGGGUUCGUCACCUCCAACCAGCAGGACGGGAAGAACCUGCUCUUCACCAAGCAGCUGGUGGAGGGCGACGUGUUCGUGUUCCCACAGGGGCUCAUCCACUUCCAGGUGAACAACGGCAAGGUGCCCGCCGUGGCCAUCGCGGCGCUCAGCAGCCAGGACGCCGGCGUGAUCACCAUCGCCAACGCCGUCUUCGGGUCCACGCCGCCCAUCAGUGACCUCAUCCUCGCCAAGGCCUUCAUGACCGAGAAGGACACCGUCGACUGGAUCCAGGCCAAGUUCGCGCCGGCCAUGAGCGGCAACAGCAGCAUGGGAGGAGGCGGCUACGACAUGCCGCCCGGCGGCGGCGAGGGCGAAGGCGGCAACAGCACCGGCGGCGGUGGCGGGUACUACCCUGGCAUGCGCAAGCGGAAGCCCUAAGCACGGACAGGACGGCCGGCCAUCCACGCGCUUAUACUAAUAAUUAAUGAAUAAUUUAAGUACAAGUAAACAAAGAAAACAUGCAUCAAACCAGUACUUAGUACUUACUACUGGCUUAAUUUACGAUGUGGUGUAGUUACUAGUAAGUCGUGUACCACCAGCAAGUGUGUUUGUGGAUCGAGGAGGAGUACGUAGUACUACGUGCUACCUCCCGGCCGGUCGUGUAGAAUAAACGGUGGCUAAACUUCAAUAUGAAUAAUAAAGUCCAAG